AUGGUGAAAAGAAUAGGAAGCGUAGACUGAGAUUCGAGAGAAAUGCCCGUUCGACCGGAACAGGUCCACUUAAAGUGAAAACGCGAUCAUCAGCUGAUAAAGAUCAGACAUAUAUGGUUGCAAUAAUGGAUAUCUCCCCAACUACUUCAAUGCUGUUGGUUUUCGUCAUCACAUUCCUCGUGGUUUGGCUGUGGAGAAGGAAAGAAAAGCCGAGAGCAAACCUUCCACCCAACAAGUGGUUCCCCUUCAGUGAGUUCUUAGGUCUGUUUGCGGAGCUGGAUGAAUUUUUAAAGAACGUGCCCAAGAGCAAACCUCUCACAUAUUUCUGCAACAGAUUUACAGGAGAUAGCGUAUUCAUUUUUCACAACCACGAGCUCAUCCACGAAGCUUUCGUCAAGAAAGGGAAUUCAUUUUUGGGAAGACCAGGACCUUAUUUAGGGAAGGAAUGGGCUACACAGAACGGUGUGGCCCAUGGCAUUGCAAACGCUUCAGGUGAUCUGUGGAAACAACAACGGAGAUUUGCCCUGAUGACUUUACGUGACUUUGGACUGGGGAAGACCUCCAUCACGGAGAAGAUUCACGAAGAGAUAGGAUAUCUUCUUGAUGAAUUCCAGAAAUAUGACGGCAAGGCCGUAGAUCCGCAAUACCUUUUGAUGCCUGCAAUAUCCAAUGUUACCAAUUCCAUUGUGUUUGGAGAUAGAUUUCAAUUCGACGAUCCAAAAUUCCAACAGAUUCUCAAGAACAUUGGGGAACAGUUUAGAUAUAUAAUGAGGGCACAAAUUACACUCACGUAUCCGAUUUUGAGAUACGUUCCUGGGGACCCAUUUAAAGUCCACUACUCUCUUAAACGCCUGGGAAUUACACGGAAAUUCCUUCAAGAGAGAAUCCAGAAACAUAUGGCAGAAUACGACCCGGACAACAUACAAUGCUUCACGGAUGCCUACAUCAAGGCUUUAAAGGCCGAGAAAGACAAAGAGGGAACGUAUUUCACAGAAUUCCAGUUGUUGACGAUAUUAGAAGAGCUGUUUACAGCUGGCACAGACACUACCGUGACCACUCUCAGAUGGGGACUGCUCUUAUUGAUUCUUUAUCCAGACGUGCAGGAAAAGGUUCACGAUGAACUUGACAGUGUGAUAGGUUCCCGCCGUGUCUCCAUGGAGGACCGUGCCUCCUUGCCCUAUACGGAAGCCACACUGCUGGAGAUACAGCGCCUUGGGUGUGUCAUUCCCAUGGUGGGACACAGUAAUACGGAGGACGUUGAGAUGAUGGGCUAUACCAUCCCCGCGAAUUCAAACAUAACGGCAAAUUUUCUUUCUGUCUUUUACGAUGAGUCAUUUUGGAACAACCCAAACAAGUUUGAUCCAACAAGGUUUCUGGACGAGAGUGGGAAGUUGGGGAAAAUUCCAGAUUGUCUGACACCAUUCUCUCUUGGCGGUCGUGUGUGUCUCGGAGAGUCCCUUGCAAAGAUGGAACUGUUCCUGUUCUUCACCAACUUGCUUCAGCAGUUCUCGUUUACAAUACCCGCCGGGGAAGAGAAACCGGGCCUCAAGGCUCGUAUUGGUCUCUUGCGAUAUCCACUUCCUUUUAAGGUUGAAGUGCACAGAAGGCACUAAACUUCCACGUCUUCUUUAAUGAAUGACACAAUGCAUGACAUCGAUGUUAUUCAAAAGACAGAUCCAGAAACUAAAUGUUAAUGUUUAUAGUGAAACAAAGUUUUGACUGACAUUUAUGAUCAUUAGCUAUCGAAAUUUCCAUUUUUGUCAUUUGUCGAUUUUAUUUAAGCUUCGUCUUCACUUUUAAGUAUAUAGACUAUAUAGCAUUUAUUUAUUUUAACGUGACAUGUGAAUAAAUAUAAAUAUGUAUGUCUCUCGGCCAAAUGGGCCUACAAGUCACCGAACUUUGCACAUUUAUCAAAAACAUGAAAUUAAGGUUACAAGUUAUAACAAGAUCAAACCCGGUUAGAUAUAUGGCAUAACAGUAAAUCUCAGUAGUAAUUGAUGAUACAUUUUCUUCAAAUUUGUAUGUCUUCAACAGGGUGGUUCAAUAUAGAAUAGGUCUCCAAGUGUGACAAUGACUUUUCACUGAUUAGAAAAGCUAACUAUUGUUCGAGAAUUAUAAUGAGAAUACAGCCUUUAUAAAUCUUACCUCUUAUUUUUGUAGCUUUUCGCCCUAGCUACCGGCACAUUGCAUCGUAAAGUUGUUGUUGCGUUUUUUUAAUAGUUCAUUUUCACAUUGAUUCUCAUAAACUUAUUACAAUAUUCAGUUUACUUCAUUUUCUUACUAAUUUUUUUAUUUUUCAAUAAAGUUUCAUGGCGAUCUGCAAUGUUACUGGCUACAGGACAUAUCUAAAAAGGCGUUUGUUCUUUAUUUGAAUAGUGGCAGCGAAGAAAGAAUUGGAAAAUGCAAAUUUAUUAUCCAUUUGAAGCAACUUUUCAAAUUUCUUAACCCAGUUUCCUCCCACUGACAUUAUAAGAUCUCAAUGCGAAACGAGCCCACGGUGGAUGUGGAUUUUUUUAGGAGUAAAAGAAGAAAACUUGAACAUUGCAGGCAACAAAUAACAGAAAAAUAUACAACAGAAACGCAUUUACGCUGACAUGUGAAUUACA